GAAGAAACGGGGGAGUGCGGUCGUCUGUGACUGCUUUGCAAAAAUAAAUUAAAUAACCUACAGGAUACAGGAACACAAUGUGGAGCCAAAAUAUUUUUAUCAUAUUCUUGAUAAUAAGAAGAAUCUCAUCGUGUCAAAUCAUCAAUCAAAUUGCUUUUUGUCAGUCACAGUCUCUAAACUGGGUUCCAUAUUUGCCCUCUAAUGUUGUUGCAGUUGACCUGAGUUUGAACUAUAUAAUGGAAGUGAAUGACACUUCUUUCCUACACCUUGAGCUCCUGCAGAAUUUGGAUCUCGGAAUGCAAAAAACACAGUUUCUGAGGAUAAAGAAAAAUGCUUUUAGGAAUUUAUCAAACCUAGUUUUUCUACACUUAGGAAGUAACAGAAAUCUUGUUUUGGACCCAGAUGCAUUUGUUGGAUUGUUUAAUUUAAAACGGCUUAAUCUAAUAUAUAAUGGGCUUUCUGCAUCAAUUUUAGAGGAUGAGUACCUGCGACCUUUGGUGUCACUUGAAGUCAUAUACCUCAACAGUAAUGUUAUUGAGAGAGUCCAACCUAAUCUCUUCUUUCGCAAUUUGACAAAUUUAAAGGAGGUCGUAUUGAAGCUGAAUAAAAUCAAAACUAUAUGUGAAAACGAUUUGCUGGGGUUUCGCGGUAAAUUUUUCAGCUUAUUUGACCUCUCCUCCAACCACCUUGAACACAUGAACGCAAUUGAUUUUGACUGGAAAACAUGUGGGAACCCUUUUAAAAAUGUGUCUCUUGAAGUCCUUGACUUAUCUUUGAAUUCGCUCAACGCUGACAGAACACGGCUCUUAUUCAGAGCAUUAGGAGGGACAAUAAUUCAUCAUGUUAUCUUAAGUCAGAAUAUAAUGGGUAGGUCUUUUGGAUAUAACAAAAAUAAGGAUCCUAAUAAUGAAACUUUUGAAGGUCUUAAAAACAGUUCUGUGAGAUCUCUAAAGUUGUCCAGAAAUUUUAUUUUUUCACUAGAACCAUUCGUAUUUGCUCCUUUUAAGGAGCUCAAAGAGAUAACAUUAUCUGUCAAUAAAAUCAACCAGAUUAAGAAAGAUGCAUUUUCUGGACUUCAAAACUUAAAAUCGCUGAAUCUCUCAAAUAAUCUAAUAGGUGAGGUAUUUUCAUAUACGUUUGAGGGUCUUCACAGUGUCACUGAAAUUGACUUGUCAAACAACCAUAUUGGUGUCAUUCAACACAAUUCUUUCACUGGACUUUUCAGUUUACAGACUUUGAACCUUCGGGGAAAUGCAAUUAAAAAUCUGCAUGAGUUUGCACCGAUUCCUAAAUUGGAAAAUGUUCUGCUGGGUGACAAUAAAAUUCAGUCUUCAUAUGGUCUUUCUACAUUCGCCCAGAACUCUAUAUUUGUUGACUUAUCAGAAAAUCGACUAAGAGAUCUAGGCGUGUUCUAUGAUUUGAUGAAUUUUCCAAAUGUUCAGUUUAUUUUACUUCGACAUAAUAAGCUUUCAGACUGUGCUAGUAAUUCUGUCGUCCCGAAGGAAAACAAUUUACUAUACCUGGACCUGGAGGACAACAUGUUGCAAUUAAUUUGGGAAAAAAACAUUUGCUUAGAUAUGUUUGACAAUCUAAACAAACUUAACAGACUCAGAUUAAACCAAAAUUUUCUACAGUUUCUCCCAGAAGCUAUUUUUAAGGGGUUAAUCACCUUGAAUUCACUGGAUCUUUCCCUCAACUUGCUUACCCAUCUCCCUAAUAAUGUUUUCCCUGAAAGUCUGAAGGUUCUUAAUUUAUCUGGAAAUAUUCUUGGCUCACCUAACCCAGACCUCUUCAGUUCACUUAGUCUCAUUGAUCUUGGAAGGAACCCAUAUGUUUGUGAUUGUAAUUUAAAAGAGUAUCUUCUGUGGAUAAGUCAGACAAAUGUCACAUUCUUCAGCCAUGUAGAGGAUAUGGUUUGUUACUUCCCAAAUGAGCUCUUGGGCGUUCGUCUACUUGAUCUAAAUACUGAAUCUUGCGUGGAGGAAGACCAAAGGCUAAUUCUGAAAUUAAGGCUUUCAGCUUUCAUCAGCAGUGUAACAAUUAUCAUAUUAAUAAUGAUGUCCACUAUUACUUUUAUUCAUUUCAGAGGACUCUGCUUUGUAAUUUACAAGAAGAUAAUCACUAGCGUGCAAGGAUCUCCUAGUGUUGCGUUUAGAGACAGUUACAAAUAUGAUGCUUAUUUGUGCUUCAGCAGCAGUGACUUCAAGUGGGUGAAGACCGCUCUUCUUAAAAGACUGGAUGCUCAGUUUUCAGAAAAGAAUCUCUUCCGUUUUUGUCUUGAAGUUCGAGACUUUAUUCCUGGAGAGGAUCGCAUCACUAAUAUACGGAAUGCCAUCUGGUGCAGCAAGAAAACAGUCUGCAUUGUGACAAAAGAAUUCCUGAAGGAUGGGUGGUGCAUUGAGGCCUUUAAUAUGGCCCAAACUAGGCUGUUCACUGAACUGCAGGAUGUACUCAUCAUGGUUGUUGUUGGAGGGCUUCCCCAGUUCAAGUUAAUGAAAUGUGACCCAAUCAGAACCUUCAUCAAAAGCAGGCAUUGUUUGCACUGGCCAGAAGAUUUUCAAGACAUCGAUUGGUUUUAUGAGAAGCUUGCACAGAACAUUUUGAAAGAAGAGAAGAGUAAAAAGCAGACUGAUGUUCUACUUCAGAAUAUCGGAGUGCAAAGCUAGAAGUCAGUCAUAACUGAAAUGUUAAAGAUCACAUUUUGACAGUACAGUAUUUGUGUUGGAGUAUUAACUGCUGUUUUACAGGAAUAGUGAUAUAUUAUGGAGCGUGACAACUGUAUGUUAAGAUUAGACUCAUUUAAGAUGAUUUUAUAAUUAUUUUUUACACCAUGAAUAUUGUACCAUUACUUUCAAUGUAUUGUUUGGCAGCAAAAAUGGUCUUUUACAGUUUUCUCUAUUACUGCCUAGAAAUGGAGGCUUGUUUUGUAUUUCAUCUCUAAUCUUACAGGGUGUGGGAUGGACUGGAAGAUAAAUACAGUUCUCCUCCUGGGGGAAGUUCUUCAGACCAUUCUUGGAUUUAAGUUCUUCUGUUUUUAAUUUGUUUCUUCUAAAUGUUUUGAUGAUUACAUUGUUUUAUUUAUGAAGAGUGCAUUUUUUGUAGAAUUUAGAUUCUGUAAAGAUACUAAACCACAGAAAGUAUUUUCUAUUAAUAUGGUCAAUGACUUUUUACAUUACCCUUUUAAGUGCUUAAUAUCUAAUGAUAAUGUUUCUUUAUUAGCUAUACAAUUUCUUAUUGUAUACAAUUUCUACCUAUACCUAUACAAUUUCUUGCAUUUGCAAUUUGUUUUUUCGCAUACCCCAGCUUUUCUCCAUGAGACACAG